UGCGUCGAAGAAACACUCCGGUUGUUGCACUCCUCAACAACGAUAGAAAGAAACCAGUCUUGAAUGUUUUUCUUUCGCGGUGUUAAAUUAACGAUGCUCCUGUUAAAUGAAUAAAGUGAGGUGAAAUUGCAGUGAAACUGUACUCGGAUUUGUUGUUUUCAUUUAGUAAAACCGAAUAAGUGCAAUGUCUGCAAUUGUUUUCGAAGCAAGUACUGAAAAUUUAUUUUGGAAGUUUGCAUAAUGAGUUGCUUUGGCGAAGAAGUUGCCGGAAUGUUUUAAUUUCAGCAUUUGUUUAUUUCCAAGGCGAAGAUGGACGACAAAAAGCCCCGAUAUGUCGGUUCCAAAGUCUCGGAAAUUGCCAAUAGAUUCCAAACGAGAACCUCAACACCAAAGGAAGACAUCAUAGCACCUUUGAAAUCUAAACAACAGAAACAAAAUCAGAGCGCCUCGCUGGACAACGAUUCUCCUGCUGUUACCGUGGUUCGAACAGAGUCCCAUGUAACUAGAUUUAAUAAUGCGAGGGCAAUGUUCGAGAAACUGGGCGAAGAGAAUCGCAAUAGCAGGGAGAGAAUAAUUCCUUUACAAUCUACAAAAAGUGCAUCCAGUAUUUUGGAUUCGAGAUCCAGAAGCAGCUCUGCAAACAGCGAAACAAGGGAGACCAAAAGUCAUUCAUCCAGAUCACCUUCUCCACCUCCAAGAAAAAGUUUUGAUUCGGUGAUUAGUAACAGUGUGCCAGUUUUAAAUGAUAACGAAAAUAUAAUUAGGAAAACGAACGGUUUCAAUGCAAAUAACAGCAUCGAAGAGUGCAAAAGUGAAAAAGUGGUUAAAACGAACGGUAAUAAUUUAAACCCAGAUGAACGAACUAAAGUAAAUGUGGUGAAGAAACCUGAAAAGCCGGAGAAACCAGAAAGAAAGUUUAACAACAGCAAAGAAUUAAUUGAAAAGCAGCGGAACUGGACGUCUCAUUUUGCCAAGUCGCGCAUGAACAGAUAUAACAGUGAUCCAAAUAAUGGAGAUGCAAAAUUUGUAGUGAAUAACGGAAACAAGGCCAGUUCCUGUGAUAAUAAAAGUUCUGCAGCUGCAACAAGAAGCGCUUCUUUUAACAACAAAAUUCGAAGUCCGCCAACUUCCCCUACAUCUCCAACUGGAAACAGCGAUGCGAUAAGAAGAACCAAUGUUGUGCGAAAAGAAAGACCAGCUUCCGUUAUCCCAACAACGUAUAUAAGCCCUACAAAGAAAGACAUUAGCCCGAUUACUUCGCCCACCAAGGAACCACCGCCUAGACAACCCCGCACAACUAGCCUAAGCAGUACGCCCUCGUACGAUAGUUCUUCGAGUAAACCUAAUAGAUGGGAGGACAGCGUCGAGCAGGAAGAUUUAACAACACCUCCACAUUUUGCUCCAAAAUGCUUAUUUAAAAGCAACUCUAACAAGAGCCAUGAUGAUGACUAUCUAGCACCACAAUCGUUUGUUGUUCAAAAAUCACCACUGGAAGACCAUGAGUUUAGUAGGGAAAACUUAUCGGCUACUUCUGGCAGUCUUUCUUCACUUAGUCCUCCUAGUAGCCCCAGUAGAAUUAAGUCGGAGCAGGAGAAGCAGGAACAAGAAUGUAGCGAAAAAACAACAAACCGUCAUCAUGGUGACUUAAGAAAAAAUGAGAAUAAGACUGAAGAAAUUGUUGCAGUGCCAAGAAGAAACAAGCAAUCCAGUAUUUCUAUAAACAUUCCAGCCGCUGGAUUAGGUAGUCGCCCUCCUUCUAUAGUAAGUACUUCGACUUCAGACGAGGGUGGUUUCAACGAGCCCUCGCCAAAAAUCGAAGCUAAACUUAAACCACACGAAGAAUCGAUUUACGACUUUCCGAUGAAUGAAGACAAGCCACUGGAGUAUACGGAUAACUCUCCAGAAGAUAUCAGCGAAUAUAAGGAGGUAGUUUCUGAUCCCAGUCCCACAAGGUUGACCCAAUCGGAAAUAGAAGCGUUAUAUGCAGUUCCACACAAAAAUCAAUCUAAACCACCUCCCCCUCCUCCAACUACUGUGGAAGUCGAAUACGCAGUGCCGCAAAAACAUGGAAUAUCUGCCUCACCAAUCGAACACGUUUCCUACGCGGUUCCCAAUAAAAUCAAUGUCGUUCAUCAAAAGUCAGUGUCUUCGACUGAUUCUGAGGUAUCAUACGCAGUGCCAUAUAAAAACGGAUUGCACCAUCAAAAAUCGAACACCUCGACAGACUCUGAAGCCUCACAAGUAACUGUUGUUCCUCAGAAAUCUUUCGAUUCAGAUGUGAUGUAUCAUAACCUACCGGCUUCUAAUAGUUCUGUUGUAUCUGGUUUGGAAAGCCAAGAAAGUUACGAGAAAAACUGUCCAAGUUUUCUCGAAAAAGAACGCGAACACAGUGAAAAAAGUUCGGACAGUGUGGAUAAUGUAAAAUCCGAACCGUUUAUAAUGGUACGUGAGGUGCUGCAAACGUCCGAUCGAAACGUGAAGACGCCCGAAAUACAAAGAUCAGAGGCGAAUAUUCUAGACUUGAACGAUGUGGAAUACGCGGAUGCAAGCGACAACGACGACAGUGUUGGUGACAAGAAUAUACCUGAAGCGGACACCAUGACACCAGAUGAGGCUGAAAAUUUACUUAGCACAAAAAUUUUGGAAAAGAAAACAAGACCAGAUCUUUUGUCUGAUGAAGAAGCACAAGAGGUUACAAGACUGUUAAACGCUAAGGAUAAAACCAAUAAAUGGCAACCAAUUACAAACGCUUUGCAAGACUCAGUUACGGCUUCAGUUCACGAUUCAUCGGGACCGAUUUCGUUAAACGACAGCUGUGGUCCCCCAUCGUUACAAGAAGAGUCGGUGACGGAACCGCUGGACGAACUGAAUGAAUCCAUGACGCAAAAGUUUUUGGAAACGCAGAUAAAGGAUGUAGAGCCGCUUUCUCAAUACUACGAGUCCACGUCUAGUUUGGACAUCUCUACCACUCAGGACGAUGAUUGUAUAAAUCAGUCAAAAUUCGAUGCCAGCGUUUCUGCUUCAGAUUCUGGAUUAAUUGAUUCUGUAACCAGUAUUUCCGAAGGUAUUAAUAUAGAAACUAUUUCUGAUGAAAAAGGAUUUACUCCUGUGGCAACAAAAAUUAUUGGAGUAGAACAUGGAGUACAUUACUAUGAAGAUGGGCACUUCUGGAUGGAGGUACCCGGUUUACCCCCAGAGGAUGAAGAUGACGAUUUAGAGUACCCUAUUUACAUUCCGAAACCCACCAAAAUCGUGUUCUCAACGGAUCCAAUGAAAGUUUACUCCACCUUCAGCAUAAACGAUUAUGACAGAAGAAAUGAAGACGUGGACCCGGUGGCGGCCUCUGCAGAAUACGAGCUCGAGAAAAGGGUGGAAAAAAUGGACGUUUUUCCGGUGGAACUAGUUAAAGGUCCAGAAGGCCUCGGUUUAAGUAUAAUCGGUAUGGGAGUUGGCGCUGAUGCUGGGCUGGAAAAACUGGGAAUAUUCGUCAAAACAAUUACAGCCAAUGGAGCCGCAUCCAAGGAUAGCAGGAUUAAGGUAAACGACCAAAUCAUUGAAGUGGACGGAAAGAGUUUGGUUGGUGUUACUCAGGCAUACGCUGCAAGCGUUUUAAGGAACACCUCAGGUCUGGUAAAAUUCAGUAUCGGUAGAGAACGAGAUCCGGACAACAGUGAGGUUGCACAACUGAUCAAACAGUCUUUGCAAGCCGACAAGGAGAGAGAAGAAAGAAGACAAAGGGCGCUGGAAGCUGAGCAACAAGCUAGCGACGCGAGUACUGUUCAAUUAACAGGAGGUUCUGCUAACACAAGUGUUAGUGAUGGGCCUACAAGUCCCACAUCAGCUAAUCAGGAGAGUCUAUUUGAAAAUGAACAAGAAAAUGAUGUAGAAUCAUUGAGAAUGCUUUUGCAAGAGACUCAACGAAAAUAUAAUUUGUCAGAGCUUGAAGUUGCACGCCUUAAAACUAAGCUGAUGGAACAGAAUGGAGUAAAGCCUGAUGAGACGGAUAAAUUUGAACAGGCUAAUAUAAAACUAAAAGAAGCAGAACGUUGUUUGGCCACCACAAAGAAAGAAGUUCAAACCUACCAAAACAUGCUUGAACAAUCUCAAACACAAUAUUUGACGCUGGAAAAAAAAUAUAGUAAAGCAAAACAAUUGGUCAGGGAGUUCCAGCAAAGAGAGCUGGAUAUGUUGCAUAGAGAAGACUUUUACCAACAGCUCUUGCAAGAGAAGGAUACUGAAUAUAACGCAUUGGUAAAAAAUCUGAAAGAUAGAAUUAUAGCUUUGGAACAAGACUUACUAGAUACUCAAAGAAAGGCUGGUAUGCCAAUGGUGCUUCCUUAUGAUAGUAUUAACUUAAAACAAUUAACGCCCCAAAUGUCUCGAAGACAACCCCCAAAACCUGUAUAUAAUCCCCUAGAGACUGAUUUCUCUGAUACUGAAAUAUCUGACGCUAGUCCCGACGAUGAUAAAACAGCGACGGUAGAAAGGAAGGUUCCUAUAAAAGAAGAAUUCGAUAGAGCAGUGCCACCACACGAACUUUUGGACAUUUCAGCAAAUAAGAGCAAGGCAGAGUUGGCGACCAGGAGUGCCCUAGCAAAUAGGCAAUUGCCGAGCGCCAAGAAAGGAUCGCUUAGCAAUAGCAGUUCUGACUAUGGCCUGGAUGAAAGCUACAAUUCCGCUGACGAAAUGACUGAUUCCGCUUACUCACAAAGCGAUUACGCACCAAAAUCGUCUAGCAGCACACGACCAAGCACACUUAACACCAACUCUUACUUAGUUCAAUCGCAAAGUCAACAGUCACAAAACUCACAAUACACAGUGCAAUACAGUCAAAUACAAAAGUCCAGUCAGAUCUCAAAUCAAAUCACACAAAACAAUUCCAGUGUAGUUUAUGCCAAGGUGUUCAAGGAAUCCAACAAUUUUCAGCAGCCCAGCCCAGAUCCUUGGGGAGAUACCCCAAAUAAGACUGUUAAUCCCGGAAUUGGAGGAAUUCCUGCAACUUUAUCGGAACAACUUAAACAGGUAUUGGCUGAUAGAGAAAAACGUCUGGGAAACGAGAGCAUCAACAGUUCAACGGACGAAUUGGAUGACAAAAAUGCAGCAGCUCAGCAUCUUUUGGAGGAAAUCCGACAGGCAGUGAAUGAGGCAAAUGCCAAAGUUAAGAAAGUUGUUCCUGUCACGUUAUCGCCCCCAGGUAGCACCCCCUGGCAGCAUCUGGGAUCCACUUCACCCACUCCCCCGUCUCCUUCUAGUUUGUCUUCUGGUUCGGUAUCUCCUUCGAGGCACGACACUUCCUGGGCCACAACUGAUCUCAGUUUGUCAUCCUGCAGCAUAAGCAGCGAUAAAAGAAGCUCGCAUUUUUGGCAGAGCGCGCCUGUUACAGAAUGGAACAAAGAUCAGGUCUGCCAGUGGUUGCGUCAAAUCGGUCUUGAGCAACAUAUCUCCAAGUUCGCAGAGUUACAAGUUAACGGCAACUCUUUGCUAUUAUUAACAUCGGCGGAUUAUAAAAUAUUAGGUAUUACUAGUGAUGAUAAGAGUCGCCUUAAACGUAAAAUUAAAGAGUUAAAAGUCAUAGCGGAAAAGGAGCGAAAGCAGCUGGAGAAAGACCGCAAGGAGAAGGAGAAGCUUCAGAGAAAAGCCGAUAAGGCGAAUAAGAAAAAAUAAGUUUGUUGGAUUGUUAAAAGGAUGUUCUUGCCCCGGCCUACAUGGGUUUGUUGAUUGAUUUAUUUAUUAUGAAAAUUGGCACCUAAUGAGGUGUCAAGUCCAGCCAUAUGGUUUAGAUAAAUAAGUAUUCAAUAUAACAAUGAAACAUGUAGCAGUGUCUAAGAUUGAUGUCUAUAAUCUUAGGUAAAUGUGCUACACACGUUUAAACAAUUAUUUAUACUUGCGAAAUCUUUUUAGAAAAAUGUACUAUAAAUCGUGCUCGUGUUAGAAUAGAACAUUGUAUAUCUUCUUAAAAACAUACAUAUAUAAACUUUUAAGUGGUUUGACUCUACAUAAAAUAUAGCCUUUAAAUUAUUUUUAGCGUGAAAAUAUCCUGAAAUAAUACUGCAUCAAAGUCUAAUAAAUAUGUGCAUAAAGCCAAAACCGUAAUUAUUUUAUGCUCCCAACUCAGAAAAACAAUUGCAAUCUAAUUUUGAUUCACUAUAACUUAUAUUUCUUAACUGGUAAUUUGUAUUUAUUUUAAAUGGUGUUUAUUCUAAUUUAAUUAACAUUUUUUUAAAUUAGUCGUAUUAUUGUUUUGAAAUGUAACUUGUAAGAUUGCACUUUUUAUAAUUUAGUUGAAGUUUUAUCAGGAUAUUUUAUACAUCAAUAAAAUACAUAAGUACUUAAAUUAAACUGACUGACUAUAAUUUAUGUUAACAAACUACUUAUUUUCUCCAUUGUUCUAUUAUUCUUUGUACUUACAUAUUUUAUCAUUUUGUCAAGUUCCUUAAAUUAAAUAUUCACAACAGUUUAUAUGUUGUUCCCUUUUAAAAAUUGAUUAAAUGUUUAUUUUGUGAUACAUUUAAGGGACAUUUUUAAAAUUUUAUUAAUACCUAAAUAUUUAUUAAAAAUAUGUGAUUGUUGUAAGAUAUAAGCUAUUUUUAUUUAUUAUUUUAAUGUUACUGUACUGUAUUGUUUUAUUUUAUUUUUCAGUAUUUAUGUAUUUAUUGUAAUAGGUUUGUCUAUUUCAUUUAUAAUUUUUAAUAUCCAUUAUAGUACAAACUGAAAUAAUCAAACUUUACAGAAAUUCCUUCCUAUAGUUUUUGGUUUUUG